AUGGACGAUUCAGAACUUCAAGCAAUUAGACAAGCUAGAUUACGUGAAUUACAAGCACAAAAUUCAUCUGGUAGCAAUCCAAAGUCAGGAGAAGAAGAUGCAGAACAAAAACGCCAAGUUGAAGAAACAAGACAAGCAAUGUUGUCCCAAAUACUUGAUAAUGAAGCUCGAGAACGACUUAAAGCAGAUAAAGCACGAGCAGUUGAAGAUUUAUUAAUUCGAAUGGUACAAACAGGUCAAAUACGUGGAAAAGUUAGCGAAUCGCAAUUAAUUGGUUUACUUGAACAGAUUAAACAACAACAAAAGCCAGAGACUAAAAUUGUG